AUGUCGACACUCGAGGAAUUGAUUUUGUAUGGUAAGGAGCUUGGUUUACAGGGUCAGGAAUUACGCAAGUUCGUAUCUGAGGAACAAGCCAAGGCCAGGCAUGAAAGAGAAGAAGAUAGAAGGGUUAGGCUACAAGAGCUUGAGGAGAAAGAGAAGGAGCGUCUUUUCCAGAAGGAGAUGCUGAUGGAAAAAGCAAAGCUAGAGAGGGAGAGCGAAGCGAGGGCAAUUGAAGAACAUAAGAGGCAGAUGGAAUUGCAAGCUUCCCAGUCAAAACCAACGGUGCGAGAUGGAACAGCAUUUCGGGGUCCUAAGCUGCCCGCAUUCGAAGAGGGUAAAGACAACAUGGAUGCCUAUUUGCAGCGUUUCGAGAGAUAUGCGACCGCUCAGAAGUGGGACUCGGCUAGUUGGGGAGCAAAUCUUAGUGCUCUACUGAAGGGGAAGGCACUCGAUGUUUUUUCUCGACUUCCAGUGGAACAGGCACUUAAGUAUGAGGAGCUUAAGAAGGCUUUGCUCAGGCGCUUUGAGAAGACAGAGGAAGGUUUUAGGAAGGCAUUUCAUGCUGCAAGACCAGAAAGCGGUGAGACCUUUUCUCAGUUCUCUUUGAGACUGGAGAAUUACUUUGAGAGAUGGGUAGAGAUGACAGGGACUCAAAAGACCUAUGAAGGCGUAAUGGAUCUAGUUAUCAGAGAUCGAUUCAUUUAUUGUUGUGGGAGAGAUCUGGCGUUAUUCUUGAAGGAAAGAAUUCCGAAGUCGUUGGAAGAGACGGCCAAGCUUGCGGACCAGUUUGCUGAUGCCAGGGGUAGUAGGAGUAACCUAAUGACUACAAGGACGACCAAGCAUGCUGAUAGCAAACCACAACAGAACAACAGUCCACACACAGGAGACAACUCUCGUGGGAAGUCGUUACUGCCAUCAAAGGAGAGGAAGUGUUAUUCUUGUGGGAAACCAGGUCAUUUGUCGUACGAGUGUCGGGGUAAAAAGUCAUCUAACGUUGCUGCUGUAGUAGGGGAGAUUUGCUCGGAGGACGUUGGUAGACGCAAACACUUGUCAACAAGAGGACGAGGGAGAAGAUCUACUAGAAGUAGAAGUAAAAGAAGAUGCAGUGAAGGUACUCGGGUACAGGCAUCAUCUCCUUCAGUUGAUAGAAGUCCUCCCACUCUCAGUGAGUCAUGCAACAUAAAGAUGGCUGGAGACAGAGGCAUGCCGAUAGCAAGUGGAUAUGUUGGCGACCAUUUUGUUACGGUGUUAAGGGAUAGCGGUUGUAGCGGUGUUGUCGUGAGGAAGGAUUUGGUGGACCCUUCUAGGAUUUCUAACCGGCAGCAGGUGUGUUCGCUUGCAGAUGGAUCCAGGAUACAGGUGCCUGUGGCUGAGUUAGAAAUUGACACACCCUAUUUUAGAGGAACAACUGAUGCCUGGGUAUUGGAGACACCCCUGUACGACCUGAUAAUUGGUAAUGUACAGGGUGCGAGACCCCCCAACCAUCCUGACAACGAUUGGCAAAGCGAGAAUGGAAGAAUACAGGCUGUAGAGACGAGAUCUCAGAAGAAAAGGAAUCAGAAUGGAUAUCGUGCACUACAGGUGAAGGAAGUUACUGACAUUGGGACCAUGGACGAGAUUAAGAAGGAACAGAAGGUGGACCCUACUUUGUCAAGAUUUAUGGAUAUGGCUAAGUUAGACGACCAGCAUGAACGACAAGAUGGCGGAGUUUCGGUAAUAUUCUAUCAUAAGGGUUUGCUUUACCGGAAAUUUCGGAGUUCAAAGGUAGCCAAUGGUAAGGAGUUUCGGCAGUUAGUAGUUCCCAGGAAAUUUCGACAGGCAGUGUUGGACCUUGCACAUGCAUCCAUCAUGGCGGGACAUCAAGGAGUCAAGAGGACAACAGCACGUGUUCUCUCGGAAUUCUUCUGGCCCGGCGUCCAAGCAGAUGUGACAAGGUAUUGCAGGUCAUGCGAUAUAUGCCAGCGAACUAUUUCUAAGGGAAGAGUUCCUGUAGCGCCACUGGGGAACAUGCCGCUGAUUGAUACGCCAUUCCAGAGGGUUGCAGUGGAUUUGAUUGGACCAAUUCAACCAGCAACAGAUAGGGGAAACAGAUAUAUUCUGACGGUAGUAGACUACGCGACAAGAUAUCCAGAGGCUGUAACGCUACGUGGCAUAGAGACGGAGCAAGUAGCAGAAGCGUUGGUUGACAUAUUUAGUAGGGUUGGAGUUCCAGCUGAGAUGCUCUCGGACCAAGGGGCGCAGUUCACUUCUGGUGUCAUGCGUGAAGUUGCCCGGCUGCUGUCAAUGAAGCAAUUGACAACGACCCCUUACCAUCCCAUGUGCAAUGGGUUGGUUGAGAGAUUCAAUGGUACGCUUAAGCAGAUGCUUAGGAGGAUGAGUGCGGAACGACCAAAGGACUGGGACAAGUUCAUCAAUGCAUUGUUAUUUGCCUACCGAGAAGUUCCACAGGAGAGCUUGGGGUUUUCCCCUUUCGAACUAUUGUACGGAAGAUCAGUACGUAGACCAAUGAUGGUUUUGAAGGAAUUGUGGACCAAGAAUGUGCCAGAUGAAGAAGUCAAAUCUACAUAUCAGUAUGUGAUGGAUUUGAGGGAAAGACUGGAGGAAACGUGUCAGUUGGCAAAGGAACAUUUAAAGAUGGCCAAAGGGAAGCAGAAGAAGUACUUCAACAGGAAAUCGAAGGUUAGACAACUGAAAGCAGGAGACAAGGUAUUGGUGUUGUUGCCAACCAAAGCCAAUAAGUUGCUAAUGCAGUGGCGUGGACCAUUUCAAGUAGUUGAGAGAGUUGGACCGUCGGACUAUCGAGUAAAUCGCGAUGGUAAGAUUAAGACACUCCAUGUGAAUCUUCUGAAGAAGUAUGUAGAACCAGAAGUCAAAAGGUCGGAUCCAGAGGUUAGCGAAAUCCUUGGGUGUAUAGCCACAGCGGUUCUUCAUGAGGACGAAGACGAUUAUGAAGGAAACCCGGAGUUAGAGACACUUCCGUCUAAGACUGGUAAAGAGGGAGUGGAUGAUGUCGUCCUAGCUGAGGAAUUGACGUCAUCACAGCUGGAGGAUGUCAACGAGCUACUACACUCUUACAAAGAUGUACUCACGGACAUGCCUGGCCACACCAACACGACAUUCAUACGACAACAUCAGAACCUGUUCGUGUGA